AUGACACUCUUUAUCCUUACCGAAACCAGCGCGGGCUAUGCCCUGCUCAAGGCGAAAGACAAGAAGCUUCUGAAGAGAGACGAUCUGGCUACGGAAGCUUCUACUGCAGAGGGUGUUUCAAACUUGGUGAAAUUGAAGAGCUUCCAGAAAUUCGACAGUGCUGCUACGGCUCUGGAAGAAGUCGCUUCGCUUGUGGAAGGAAAGGUUACUCCUCGCCUUGCCAGCCUGCUGGACGAGAUUAAAGAUGAGAAGAAGGUUUCUUUGGCCGUUGCCGAUCCCAAGCUCGGCAACGCAAUUGGCAAGCUUCCCGGCAUGUCUAUUCAAUUGGUCGCGGACUCGACCACGACCGACAUCUUCCGUGCUAUUCGCGAACAUCUCCCCACACUGAUUCCUGGUCUUCUCCCCCAGGACAUGUCUACCAUGUCUCUUGGUCUGUCCCACUCCCUCGCCAGACACAAGCUCAAGUUCUCCCCCGAUAAGAUCGAUACUAUGAUUGUCCAAGCUAUUGGUUUGUUGGACGACCUCGACAAGGAGCUCAACACCUACGCCAUGCGUGUGAAGGAAUGGUACGGCUGGCAUUUUCCCGAGCUGGCCAAGAUUCUGAACGACAACAUUGCCUAUGCCAAACUUGUGCUCAAGAUGGGCAUGAGAUCGAACUGGGAGACCGCGGAUCUGGCAGAGAUCCUACCGGAGGAGCUCGAGGGCACCGUCAAGGCCGCUGCUGACCGAUCCAUGGGUACUGAGAUCAGCCAAGAGGAUUUGGAGAACAUUCAAGCGUUGGCCGAGCAGGUUGUUGGUUUCGCCGAAUACCGCCAGCAGCUCGCUGGUUACCUGACUGCCCGUAUGAACGCUAUUGCGCCUAACCUGACCGCCCUGGUUGGCGACUUGGUUGGUGCUCGUCUCAUCGCCCACGCUGGUAGCUUGACAAACCUUUCCAAGAGCCCCGCCAGUACUAUCCAGAUUCUCGGAGCCGAAAAGGCUCUGUUCCGUGCGCUGAAGACCAAGCACGACACGCCCAAGUACGGUCUCAUCUACCAUGCUUCCCUUAUCGGUCAGGCCACCGGUAAGAACAAGGGUAAGAUGGCAAGAGUCUUGGCCGCCAAGGCUGCUCUUGGUCUGCGUGUCGAUGCUCUCGCCGAAUGGGAUGACGAUGCCACUGAGGAGGACAAGGCCGCCCUGGGUACUGAAGCCAGAUACAACCUCGAGCGUAAAUUGGCCGCCAUGGAGGGCAAGCCUCUCAAACCUCGUGGUGUUGCCAUCGGGCCCAACGGUGCCUCCGUGCAGCCCAAGAAGUUCGAGAUCAAUGAAGCCAGAAGAUACAACGCGGACGCCGAUGCGCUUACUGGCGACCAGCCCGCUUCCAAGAAGGACAAGAAGCUCAUUGAGGAAGUUUCAGAUGAGGAGAUGGCCGACGCAGAUUCGGACGAGGAACCCAAGGCCAACGGAACCAAGGACGAUGACUCGUCCGACGAGUCUGAGGAGGAGUCGAGCAAGAAGCACAAGUCCAAGGGCAAGGAUGCCGAACUUGAGAAGAUGGCCGAAAAGGCCGGCUUGAGCGUCAAGCGGUACAAGCGCAAGCUGGAGCGCGGCGAGAUCACUUUCGACGCCAAUGGCAACCCGAGUGCCAUCAGCAAGAAGGAGCUGAAGAAGGCCAAGAAGGAGGCCAAGAAGGCUUCCAAGGGCGAUGAGAAGAAGCGUAAGCGAUCAGACGACGGCGAGGAGGCCGACAACGGCGAGAAGAAAAAGAAGAAGAAGAAAAAGGGAGAGGAAUAA